GAGUUCUCCAUAAUGACGUAAUAUAGCAACAGUAACAACAACAAAAACAUUGCACCACUGUGAUUGCACCAUCAUGGCUCCAUCAAUUGCAUAUCCAUCCAGUCCAUCUAUAAAAACUAUAAAUAUAAUUGAAAAAACGCAUUUUGUACAAAAGCCAUUGGCAAGAAAAUUGUGUAAUUUGAGGAGCUGACCGUUCCUGAAAUGGAGGAAGAAAUUGAAGUUCUUAAAGCUAUUUAUGACAACGAUUUAACUGUGAUUGAUGAACCUGGUCUACCACUUCGAUUAGAGUGCAAAUUCGGUUUUUCAGAUGUUGUUGAGUUUACACUCCCAGCUGGCUACCCUUCCGCAGCACCAAAUGUAAAGCUGAAAAUGGCCUCAGCAAAUGAAAGUGAAAUGGUAGAGGGUCUAAUUGUUCAGUCUUUUCAGUCAAAGGAGGAGAACUAUCUUUAUGAUGCUAUUGAAAUUGCUCGUAAUUGGAGCCUACACAAUGAAGUGCAACCAGAAAACCAUGAUCAAAAAGGUAACAAAAAAUCAACUGUAUGUAGAUUUUUCUUAGAAGGGAAAUGUAAAUUUGGGGACAAUUGCUUCAACGAACAUCCUGGAAGUAAUGCCAAAAACGAUGUUAAAGUGCCAGUCAAAAAUAAUGGUUUGACAAUUGCUGAAAGAUCUAGCAUUGACAACAAAGUGACAGAAGAAACUAAAGAUCAUGUGAGUGAAAAGAAAAUAGCAAUGAAGACUGCUGUUGAUGUGAUAUCAAGAAUAUUAUGGGAUGAAGAGCUUCCAACAGAACUUUUUACCGUAGGAUACCUAGAUAGGUUCCUGGGUAUUAUUGAAAAACCAUUUAGCAGCUUCAGUUGGGAGGAUAUUGCCUCUGUUGACUAUUCAGUUCUAGCCAUUCCUAAACAUCGUAUCCAGUACUUUAAAUAUAGGGAUGUAAUUGUUUGGGAUAAACGAACGAGGCUUGACAAAGUGUUCGGCUCAACUGGAGAUGGCAAACAAAUUUACGAAAUAAUUAAAGAAUAUUCUGUUUCUGAAGAUGGAAAUACUAAUUCAGAAAAGGAAGAUUGUGUUUCAAAAGAAGAGUGCUUUUCGCACGAAGAUGAUAUCAACAGUGAAGAUGAUUCUGAUGAUGAUGAUAAUGCUGAUGGAGAAAACAGACAAGGACAAAUUGCAGUAUAUAAAAGUAGAAGUGAAAGAGACAGGCCUAAUUUCUUCUUUUGCUUCAGAAUUACAAAGCAUUCUAUAAAAGAAAAAAUUUUAGAGAUACAAGAAGAAAUAGUGUCCUGUAAUUCUUUACUGCAAGAUAGCUGCCUGAAGCAGUCAGAUUUUCAUGUGACUUUGUGUAUGGUAAGGUUACAGAACGAGGAGGAGAAGCACAAUGCGUUGAGAGUUCUUGAUUCGUUGCAACAACUGCUGGUGUGCUUAUUGCCUUCAUUCAAACAGUUUUUGUUUCAGCAUCUCGGUAACUUCCAUGGGCGUGUGCUACAUGUCAAGAUUGAAGAGGAUGGCACGCUAUCCAAGUUUGUCAACAUUCUUCUGCUAAAGCUGAAAGAUGCCGGGCUGCAUGCAUGUGGCAAUCGCGAGCCAUAUUGUCCUCAUGUAACCAUAAUGAAACUUUCAAGGCCAACAUGUCGCAUGCUUUCCAUCCAACAGAUUGAUCCUAAUUACUAUCAGCAUCGUAUGAAUAGCGUCUUUGGCAAGGCCGGCGUUGAGGAAAUUUUUCUUUGCUCAACAAGCAAGCUCAGAGACGAAGGAGGUUUUUAUAUCAAACUUGGUUCAAAAGUCAAUUCCCUAUUAUGUAUCUCCGACCAUCUACCUAACGCUAUUGCAAGCCAUGUUAAUUGUUUAACAGAGAACAGCUUUUUCACAGAGCAAGAAGGAGACGAACUCGUUCAGGCUGUACUUUCAAACGAUGAAGUUCAAUUUGAAAAAGCAGCGUGUUACAUCCAAAGAGCUCUAAACACAAGAUUUGAAUUGCGUCUUCAGAGAGGGGAUGUUUUCAUCAUGAGAGGGCUACAGGGUAGUGGAAAAUCGCAUCUCGUUGACAGUUGCACUGAAAGACUGGCGUUAGACGAUGACGUCAUUAGCCCAAAAAAAUGUUCAGGUGGAAGUGAAAUUGUGAUUUGCAGUGCAGACGAAUAUUUUGAUGACAAAACAACUGGGUACAGUUUCAAUGCAAGCGAGCUUGCUAAUGCACACAUUCAGUGCCAGAAAAAGUUUGUUGAUGCGAUAUGCAACGGCGUAGGGACGAUUGUCGUGGAUAAUACAAAUUCUAAUGCUUGGGAAUAUAGAAUAUACGAAAGAAUUGCAAAACUUUGUGGUUAUUCAUCACAGGUUAUAGAAAUAGCAUGCAGAGAUGAAGAAACAUUGAAGAAGUUUAUCGACCGAUCACAACACAACGUGGACUACGACAGUGUACUGAAAAUGUGGAAACGAUGGGAGCCAGAUGAAAAUGCAGUGACAUUGGAGCCUCGGUUUGGAGAAGGAGACGAAAAGGUGUCAUUUCUUGAGCUUUGCAAUAGAUAUCAACCGCCAGCUAGUGCAAAGGGCGUUUUGUUCUCUGCUUUCUAUCUUGACAGAGAUUCUAAGCAGAGGUUGUUUGAUGAAUAUCCACCACUACAUUCAAAAAUCACUGGUAAUCAUAUGACGUUGGCCUACAAGCCCAGGAAGGAAGAGUUGGCCCAUAUACCCGUCGGCAAGCAACAUAAAGUUGAAGUGGCUGGGUACAUUUGCUCGGACUUGAUGCAAGCAGUUGCUGUAAAGGAGUUAGGAGAUGCCUGCUGCACAAUUGAAAUACCACACAUAACUGUCUCCCAUAGCAAGAAAGCAGCCCCGCAGCAUGCAAAAAUGGCAUUAGCCAACAGGUCUGCAUGGAGAAUUCCCGAGAAAAAAAUGAUUCUUUCUGGAACUAUCGGGGUCCAAGUUGAUGUUGGAUUGAAAAAUAGCGUCAUCGUUACUGAUCGCGUCAGGUUUGAUGAGAUGUGCAAGCAAAUUAUGCAAGUAAACAACGACCAUAUCGAAAAAGCAAGCAAAGUUGAAUCAGCGAGAAAUAAGAAGGACAAACAAUCAUUUGUCAAAUGUGAUGAAAUCCCAGAGAUCUUCUCAGGACCAGAAAUAAUCGACUCAUUAUUCGUGUUCGAUUUUGAUGGAACUUUGUUUGAAACUCCAGGCCCAGUUGAAGGAAGAAAACUGUAUCAAGAACUGACAGGAGAAAAAUGGCCUCACACAAGCUGGAUAGGUAGGCCAGAAUCAAUGCAGUGGCCGCUGCGCAGCUACCCAGGCCCGUCACUCGUAGACUUCAAAGAACAUAUUGGAAGAGCCGGAUCACUUACAAUUCUCCUGACUGGGAGGCUGGAACGCACCAUUGAAGGUGUCCAUGAGGUGCUUCAAGAGUACGGAACUUGGCCUGAGCGAUGUUAUCUGAAGCCAGAUGAUGCCUUGAACAAGCCUUCGAAAGCCAUGGCCAAAGUAGCAUCUUUCAAAACAGACGUCUUAAAAGGCUUGUUGAAAGAGUACCCAACGAUCAAGAAUGUCAAAAUCUGGGACGAUAGGCAGGACAACAUCGAUUCAUUCAAACGUUUGAGAAAAGAGCAUAAUGAUAUCUCCUUUAAGAUUUAUCAUGUUGGUAAGAUUAAUAAGCCACGUAAAGAACAGUUGAGUCGAGAUAUUCAGAAGAUGGUGGUUGACUUUGGUUUUGGAACUGUCCAGGGUUCAGAUAAUGUCGCUAAUUGUGGUAUUGAGUUUAUCAUGGAUGCUUGGUACACCUGUGUGAAGACAGGACGUGGAGUGGACGAUGCUUACUUGAGGUUGUUUGGUUCUUUUCCUUUGAAAAGACAGAGUGACGUAGACAUGUGCAUAUUAGCUCCAAAUUAUCUCAAACAGGAUGAAUGCGUUUUGAAGCUUGAAACUGAGCUCAGCAAGAGAGGUGUAAGAUAUCUUCACUCAGCUAUUGGUAUUAGGUGCCCAAGAUUGAAAGUACGCCUCCUUUUAAAAAAUGCCGCACCAGCCGAUUUUGAUAUCGUGUUUGCCCCAUGCCUUUCAGCUGUAAACGAGGCUCAAACCAAUCUCAAAGAGUUGUAUAUAAAUGGAAAAGAUGAGCUUAAAAGGUCCUUAGAAGGAGUUAUAUUUCUUGAACGUGUUGAGAGUUGCAUUGAUGGAAAGAUCAGUAAGCAGGUUUUUGGUCGUCUUGUUGAUCUUAUCGUCCAUUACUUAAAAACAAAACAUUUAAAAGGGAAUGCGUUUCACUGUGUCCGCACGUUCCACGUUGUCCGUGUUCUUGCAGAAAUGUUUAGCAAGUCUUCUAGUAGUUGCAAUGAGCUGUCUGACUUUUUAAAGAUGAGUUUCGAAUAUAUGUGCUCAUUGGGUAUCGAUUACUGGUGUCGCAUUUGCAAAGAUACCGUCCCAAGAGAAUUUAUCGAAAAGACAGUGGACUCUUUUGUCACAGCAGUCGCUUUAUUGAACCAAUCAACAUCUUGUGCCACUUUAUUUGCUAUCAGUGAAUUUCCUCCAUCGAAUCACAGUGCCAUUUCAUUAACAGUGAAGUCACACGUACCUGAGCUCCAAUGGCGCGCCUACACUGUUGUCGAAGCAAAAUUAGGAGGAUAUCUGCGAAAACUGAUGGCCACUGGUAUUGAUAUCCAGCCAGGGCCUUGUGAUGGCCGAAGUUUGUUUAUGUUCGCAGCCCUUCAAACUGAGAGAACUGGCAAAGCACUUCAUAGUGUAUUGUUGGGUUUGAAAGCUGAACCUGUAUUCUUGCACAAUAGAAAUGAUUUAGAUUUGAUUUUGAAAUUUAGGGAUCAAAAUUCUAAAGAUUCUGCAACAUUUUGAGGGUUAUGCCAUUAUUUGAACAUUUAACUUAAAUUUUUCAAAAUACCAGCAGUUUCUUUACAAAGUCUAAUGUAUGCUAAUGUAUUUUUGUAGUUUUUUCUCCCCUUUUACUCCAUAUUGCAGUUAUGUCACUACAGUCAUAAUGCUAUAACUAUGGUUAUGUUUUACCAGAUUUCUAACAACGGUUUAAAGGGAAACGUUUGCCUUCGAGUAGCUAUUUAAAAGUAUUUUGGAGAUAAUAUCUCUAAUAAUUGAUAAUACCUCUUUCAAAAACUGUUACUACAAAAAAGGUACUCUUAAAUAAGGGCAAGUCCCUCAAAACCUAUCAAGGUAACCCUCGAGCUAUAAGCAAAGCAAAUAAGAAAUUAAUAACCCUUCUGUCAUUUUUAGAACAUAGCCUAGAAGCCAAGAUCUGGUGAUCCAAAACUGAUGGAUGAAGUCUUGAAUGAUGAUGUCACAAAAAUCUAUUUUUCAAAUUUUCGAAUUUUGUUCCCAUGACCUGAAAAAGCAUCAAAAAAUACUUGUAAAUGUGAAAUAUCGGUUAAAUUUGUUACGAAAUGGCUAAGAUAUGGCCAUAUUAGCACGGGCUUUUCCCAAUCAAAUCUCUUUCAUAUCGAACAAUCAAAAUAACAGUACUCUGUUGGCAAACCUCAAAUCUUUCAAUGGCCGUAUCUCUCACCCGAUCUUUGACAUCUUAAACUGAUUUUGCAUAUUCAGAAGUGUUUCAUGAUGUUUAUUUAGGUUAUGUAGCAAAUUCAAAAAUGCCAAAAAUAUAUUUUCAUGACGUCACAUUGAGAAAUAUAUUCCAGUAUUAUAUUCUGCGUUUGGUUUUCAGCUCAUCACUCACUUGAUUUUAAUCUUAAUUGUGUUAAGCGUAUCCUUGCCACCAACGUAGGUCUUUUUAAGACCAGAGCAUCACUAUCAUAAAUUUUUGCACCAGAGCAUCUAACAAUCUGUAGUCAGCAACAGUGGUGAAUACUGGCGUCAUAAAAAUAAAGUUUUAUAAUUUUUAGAUUUUGAACAUCUAAUUCGAUACACAGUAUCAUAGCUAGCAGAAUCAAGUCGCAUUUAGUCUACGUUCUAAUCCGAUUCUAUUUGGCUGAGAUUUGGCCACAUAGCCACAGCUUCAUUGAAUGCACCUCAAUUUGAAAGACCUUUAGACGUGUUUGUGCUACAUGACAAGAAUUGUAGAUAGAGUGCAAGUUUUAAAGUUUUAAUGGUGUAAGUGCAAAGGUUUUGACCGUGAUUUGGAACCGAGGGCCAAAGGUUUAACCGUAAUAAUUUUUGUGGUCAAAUUUAUUAUAUUCGUAUCGCCAUAAGAUUCCCAACAGAAGCUAAAACAAUUUUAAAAAAUUGUAUAAUUUGUAAAUUGUAUCAAAUUUGUAUAGACUAAAAAUCUUAUUCUACAUCUAUGAGUAAUUUGUAUUGGAGUUUGUAAAUUUUCUCGUAAGUUGUUUCUUAUAAA